AUGAAUGGCAAAGUUUUACUCGUUCCUGAGCUCUGGCUCGUGAUAUUCGAAUAUUUGGUCGAGGAACGGGCAAAGGACUACUAUAGUACUCGUCCCAACGAUUUUCUGCAAAUAAUCCUGGUGUGCAAACAAUGGAAGACUCUAGCACAACCAUUGCUUUAUCGAUGUCUGAGGUUUGGUAAUCGGGAAGCACUCGACAGAUUUUUGCUAUUGUUUCAGACCGAUUCGGCACGAUGUCUGCAGAUCGAGCAGUCGAUUAGAUCCUUGACCGUUCGCCAUACCGUGGCCCGUUCACGACAACUAUCUCAAUUGCUUGGCCAUUGCUCCAACCUUCGAGAAUAUAAGGCCGAUUUAGUUGGCGCUGCAGAUCUCAGUGCCAUCGAGCAAGCGGACUCGUCCAAACGCUGCCUGGAACGACUCGACAUUGGCCUCGACUUACGCGGUUGGGACCUCGCGCCGCUUGCCCUCAUUGGUAGCUUAACUGGACUCCAGCAUUUGGACCUUGAAAUAAUAUGCGAUCGUGGGGGACCGCUUGCCACGAACCUCAAUUCUGCAGACCCUUGGAACCUGUUGCAUUUACGGUACCUUGGUGUUACGGAAUUAUAUUCGGAUGCGAAUGUUACACCUUUCGAAACUUUCUUGGCUCGAAGUCGCUUUCCCAAUCUCGAGAAGCUGAAGAUCAUCUAUCCGCAAACUUCUUUUUCUCCCGCCAUUCAGGACUUCCUGCAAACGCACCCACAUAUCGAGGACCUUGAGCUGUACUCUGCAUCCGACAUUGCCGCCGUACGAUGCGUUUUACCCUCGCUUCAAACGCUUGUUCUGCAGACUGAUUCCGGACUGGACGCUGCCCUCAUCGAGAACUUCCCGUCUUCACUUCGGCAUAUCCGUCUUAUGUUUUCCUCUGAACAGAACUUAGGGCACGGGAUCGAGCUAUUCGCAGCGCUUGGGUCGGGAUCUUGUCCAUUUCACCUGGAUCGUCUGCAUAUGGGUGGAGAGUGGACAUGGAGAGGUGCCUUCGAGCUGCGUUCUAAACGCGCCAAAUGGUUAUCAAGAGCAGAGGAUCUGCGUAACAGAGGAAUCGCCAUGUUAGACAAGAACGGAGACGAUGCUUUCACAGUCAAGGAGAUUAUGGACAGCGAAGCGCUCGUGCAGACACCCAAGACGCAAGCUAUCGUGCCAGUAGAUCAAAUGUUUUUAUGCUACUAA